CCUGCAAUACAGGGGGGUAAAAGGAGGAGGAGUAGAGCAAAAAGAGAAAAAAAGAGCUUUCCUUCGGUUUGGGCUCAGUCUGUGGAAAUAUAGCUCGCUAAACAGAGGUUUCCAAUCUCAUCUGAGAUUGAUCUGGAGGCCACUGGGGGAGUGGAAACCUGGGACCUAAAAGUAUAUUUCCUUUCGUCCCCAACGCAGUGGUAGCUUCCAUUCAGAAGUCUCUCCGAUUCACACACUGGGUGGCUGCUGAGUCCCGCAGAUAACGGUGAAGGGAAUACUUAGGUGCCAGUUGAUUCAUACCAGGAGGGCUCUUUAUUUUUCUUUGUGGUUCCAGUUUACCCCCUCCCCCCCGUCUGUCUUUCUUUCCUGCAUGGAAAGACAAGGACGAUGGAUGGAUUCUUGGUAGGAUGGAUCGUUCUGCUGUGGGUAACAGCACUUGCUGAGGGACUGCAGGUCACGGUGCCUGAAAAGAAGAAGGUUGCUAUGCUGUUUCAGCCUGCCCUGCUUCGCUGCCACUUUUCUACUUCCUCCACCCAGCCGGCUGUGGUGCAAUGGAGGUUUAAAUCCUACUGCCAGGACCGCACGGGAGAAGCUUUGGGUCUGACCCCCUCAGGGAUACAAGCGGUGAGCAAAAGGAACCUGGAGUGGGAUCCCUACCUGGACUGCGUGGACAGCAGAAGGACGGUCCGUGUCGUAGCCUCCAAGCAGGGAUCCGCGGUCACAAUAGGGGACUUCUAUAAGGAAAGAGAUGUCACCAUUGUCCAUGAUGCAGACCUCCAUAUUGGGAAGUUGAUGUGGGGAGACAGUGGGCUCUAUUACUGUCUCAUCAUCACCCCUGACGACUUGGAGGGCAAGAAUGAGGAGUCAGUGGAACUGCUGGUUCUGGGCAGGACAGGGCUGCUUGCUGAUCUCUUGCCCAGUUUUGCUGUGGAGAUUAUGCCAGAGUGGGUGUUUGUGGGCCUGGUGAUCCUGGGGGCUUUCCUGUUUUUUCUCCUGGUUGGGAUCUGCUGGUGCCAGUGCUGCCCACAUAGCUGCUGCUGCUACGUCCGCUGCCCCUGCUGUCCAGAUUCCUGCUGCUGUCCACGGGCAUUGUAUGAAGCGGGCAAGGCUGCAAAAGCUGGAUACCCAUCUGCUGUUACGUCCAUCCCAGGUCCUUACUACAUCCCCACUGUGCCGGGAGCUGGCGUGCCAUCUCCUGUUGUGCUGAUGGAGAAGUCGCAUCCCCCUCCCCUAGCACCAAGUGACUCCAGCGGAGGAAGCCAAAAUGUGCGCAAAGGGUACAGGAUCCAGGCCGACAAGGAGAGGGACUCCAUGAAGGUGUUGUACUACGUCGAGAAAGAACUGGCACAAUUUGACCCAGCCAGGAGGAUGCGAGAGCGAUAUAACAACACCAUCUCUGAACUCAGCUCCCUGCACGAGGACUCAAACUUCCGUCAGCCUUACCGGCAGGUGCGAAGGAAACCCCUCCCGCCUGCAGGGGACCUGGAUGAUGAUGCGGAGUACUGGGCAGGGGUGAUCAGCGGAGGUGGUGCAUCAAGGACACAGGCGGUUUCUGAUUACAGGGAGGAGAGGGACAGCUUUAGGCACAGCCAGCAGAGAUCGAAAUCGGAAAUGCUGUCGAGGAAGAACUUCUCUGUGGGCGUGCCGGCCGUCUCCAUGGAUGAGCUGGCAGCCUUCGCAGAGUCCUACAGCCAGCGCGCCCGCCGGACAGAUGGUGGCCAGGAGCCCCGGCGUUUCGAGAGGUCUGAGUCACGAGGGGGACGCGGCGGGUUGGUGCAGCACCAGGACAGCUCCUCGGAGGAGUACUAUGGCAAACGCAGGGGGAACCGCGAGCCGCUGACAGACUCGGAUCGGGGCUGGUCAUACAGCCCGCCCAGGAGACGGGCCCACGAUGAGAAGCACCUGCCCAGGCUGGUGAGCCGGACACCUGGAGGAAGUCAGAAGUAUGACCACUCCUACCUCAGCAGCGUCCUAGAGAGGAAGUCCCGGAGCUAUGAGGAGAGUGGCGAACGCAGUGAGACACCCUCCAAGCUGAGCUCGCAGCCCAGCCAGCGAGGUGGAACGUAUUACGCCUGGUCACCGCCGUCCACCUACAAAGCAGGGCAGCAGCAGCAGCAGCAGCAGCAGCAGCAGCCGCCAAAGCAAGAGGAAGGAGAAGACACUCUGCCUCCAUACAGCGAGAGGGAGCUGAGCCGAGGCCCUUCGUACAGGACCAGGGAGCAGGCUUACCUCAAUGCCUCGGACAAGAAGAGGAAAAAGGAGCCCAAGAAAACAGUGAGGCCGUGUCUGGCGCUCCUGAUCCAAAUGGGAUGAGCGGGGACACCAGGCAGGGGAUGCUAUCUAGGGUCUGGGGGAUCACCAGGCAAGAGAUGGAGUUUAGGGUCUUGGUGGAGGAACCCCAGGCAAGGGGUAGAGUGUGAGGGACCUUGCCAGAGAUGGUACAUGUAGAUUUAGGAGAUCCUGAGGGUGAGGCAGCUAUGGGGAAUUUUACGGGAUAAUGAUGGGGAGAGGCAGGGAUUGUGAUCUUUGCAUUUAGUCAAUCAUCCUGGAGUGGGUGGGGCAGGAAGGGGAGGUUAUCUGGGAUAGAGCAGUCAGGGUGGAGUGGCUGGGGAGGGGAGGUUAUAUUUGGGCCUAGGCGGAUCAGAUCGAGUAGGUGAGGAGGGAAGUUUAGGGGCAUAGGAGGAUCAGGAUGGGGCGAGGGGGAGGGGAGGUUAUCAGGGUCAGGGGGAACAUGGUAGAGAUGAGACAUUAUCUGGGGCUUAGAGGAACUGCGGGCCAUAUCCAUGGCAACCAUGCUAGAUGAGGAGUGGGGUAUCCAUUUUGUGGGCUGGGAUGUAUUUAGUGGCGAAUGCUUGUGUAACAGCCCUAAGAGGAAUGGUUUUGGAAAGGUGUGUCUAUGUGGAGAUGCACUGCUCUGUGUCUGUGUCUGUGUGUGCAUGCAUGUGCCAAAUGCGCUGCUCCUCAAACUGGUUAGUGGGGAGGAGCAAAUUCCUGCUCCAGUCUGGUUUGUGGGGGUCACUGAAUCUGUUCAAAGGCCUUGGUAGGUCAGGGUGUUGAAUGUCCCCUCAUCUCCCCUUAGUGGAAUACAUCCCUCAACUUGGGUAGUGUGAUCAAUACCCUCUGAACUUAGUUAGUGUGUGUGAGAGAACGGGGGGCCUGCUGCUUAGUGUGGAGCUGCCGGCUGCCCCCUUGGCAGCAGGUGCAUUCAGCACUCUCUGGUGAAGCUAAUGCCAUUCAUUCUGUUGUGCAGGCCCCCACCUUGCCCAAGCUGCCUCUUUCUCCUGGUUCCACAUGUGAUUUUAUGUUUACAUUUCUUCUUCUCUCUCCCUCAGAAUGAUUUCCCAACCAGGAUGUCCCUUGUGGUUUGAUGUUGUCACAGAAGAGUCGUAUUGAUGGGCUGGGUACCAUGAGGUGGCCGUGAGGCUGAGAUACAGAGCCCUGAGCAAACAGGUCCCAAUGAACCUUUGCAGCCACCAGCCAUGGACAUUCUCUUUCAAUUGUCUGUUUCACCAUGGGAGUGGAGGCCAUCUGUAGAGGCAGACUCCAACGAAUAGCUCUCAUCCCACUUGCUGUGGGAGAGUCCUCCAGGAAGAUCAAUGAUGGGGCUCUCUUUGGAACUCUGUUCCACAUUGCAAGGCAGCUGUCACCAUAUUCCAUAUCCCAAGGGUCCCAAACUGAAAGAGAGGCUGGUUUCUGCCUCUCACCCCAGAAUGCCUCAUCCCACAUUAGGAGAGGCCUGUCUGCAUACUGCUUGCUCUCACUGUUUCCCAUGGCCUAGACUUGGAAGGAAGUUGUCUUCAUGCCUCUCACACUCAGAGCCUUAGGAGGUGGGGACUGCCUCUCACGCUCAUUACACCGAGAUGUCUCCAUGUCUCAUCUCUUCCAUGCUGGGAGGAGGCCUCAUUCUAAGAACUGCAGGUUUCCUCAAGAUGGCAAGGUCCCCAUCCCCUGAAAGUUCUGAAAGAAAAUCUGUAGCAAAAAAAUGCUGAGCGUGGCACUAUGCUAAGGGCUGAGCAGGGAGAGAAACAAACGUGGGUUAGUUUGUUUGAUAUUUUUAGUCCUGUUCAUUCAGUGAUGGGAACUGCGAGUGAGAUUUUAUGUACUGUUUUAAAAGUGGAUCUAAGUAGAUUUUAUUGUAAUGAGAACAGAACAUUGUUCUUCUCACUGUUGCUUGUCUCGAUACGUGUGCAUUUCUUUGAGGCUGAGAUAUGACUAUAUAAAGCUUCAUUCAGAUGGGUAAUCUGAUCAUAUGACAAACCCAGCUCGACCUUGUCACUGUUCUGCUUGUGGUGUCAACACACUGCUCUGGACAGUGGGCUUUUUGUUUUAAAGAAACAAGAAGGAGAAAAUCUUGGUGUGAGAGAGAAGCCAUGGCUCUUCCUUCUUCAAGGAUCAGCAUUAUCCCUUUCUGGUUACCAAUCCAGGACAUCCAAUAGAGAAACAACAGAAACUGAAAAAAAAAAAUCUUGGCUGAAACACACACUUAAAAAUCACCUCAUUCCAGUUACUUCCAGGUCGCCCACUUCCAUCUUGACAUGAUUUUAGUGGCUGAUGUCUCAGGAACAGCUGAAUUUAGAAAUGUGUGCUUCACACCAUCUGGAAGCAUGACAUUUCUGCUUUCAAAGAGUAUAAUAUAGUCAUUUCUCACUCUAAUUUAAUUUCUAACUGCUAAAAUCAUGUUGGAAUUCAUGUGGAGGGGAAAAAAAGAGAUGGUGAUCAGAACAUGGUUUUAACUUCCACCUGCCAGGGCUAGAAAUUAAUGGGCACCUUAUAUCAGUGGGAUGGCCAGCAUUCCCCUGUGACAUACAGCCUUUCUAUUCCAAAAAGUUAAUAAAGUGUCUGAAAUCUGUUGCUAAGUGCUCUGCAGGAUUGGACCUUGCAGCAGUGUGAUUCUCUGUCCCUAUUUAUUAACAGAGCUGCAGUGCUCCAUGACUGUUACAAACUUCUCUUUGGAUUUGCAUUGAACUUGGCACUUUCCUUGCCAUAUACUGGUAAUUACUCAGCACCCUAUUUUUGCUCCAGAAUGGUGGGGGAUAAUCCCCAAGAAUCUGAUGUUGUCACUUGAAGUCAUAGUGGGAGAUGGGGAUUAUGGACCAUGUGUUAGAGCAGUGGUUCAUGACCAGGAGUCCGGGGCCCUGUGGGGGGCCACAAGCAGGUUUCAGGGGGGCCACCAAAAUACAUCAGAGAGCAGGGCUGGCAUUAGACUAACUGGGGCCCGGGGCUGAAGCCCAAGCUCUACCACCUUGGGCUGAAGCCAAAGCCUGAGCAACUUAGCUUUGCGAGGCCCCCUGUGGCGUGGAGCCCUAGGCAGUUGCCCUGCUUGCUACCUCCUAAUGCUGGCCCUGGCUUUUAAUCUACUGGAUAUGCAGAAAAAGUUGUGGCACAGGCAGGCUGUGGAGUUUUUAGGGCAUAUUGGGGGGGGAUGGGGGGGCUCAGAAAGAAAAAGGUUGAGAACCCCUAGGUUAGAGGAAGGAUCCAUUCCCAUUCUCCCUCACCACUCUAGUGAGUGUAUCUUUGUAAAUCCGAGAGAGAUUGAUCAUCUUGUGAGUGCACACCAUCCUUCUGGGUUUGUUCUGUGUUACUGUUAGAGAGAAUAAAUUUAAAGUAAUUCAUA